AAUCUUUUCAAUUUUCAGUCUUGAAAUAUUUGAAGAUCUUACCUUGGUAUGUGACAGCCAUCUAAAUUCAGCAAUUGGUAGAAAUUUCAGUAAUCCAAUAGAUUCUCUAUUAAAUCUUGAAAAGGUAGCACCAACGAUCGAAGAAGCAUUCUUCGUGUGUAAAUGGAAAUACGCAUUAACAGACACGUGUGCGGCCUUGUUUUCACCAAUUCUAACCGAAGAAGGAUUUUGCUUCACCUUCAAUAUGUUAGGGGCUGAUGACAUUUUUAGAAAGGAAAAUUUACAUAGUGACUACGUAUAUUUAAAACAUAGUAAUAAAUCGCCAUCUUGGAAUUCAGAGUCUGGGUACGCUGACGGUACAGGAAAAGAUACUUACCCUCGAAGAGGAUCGGGAUAUGGAGCUAACAUGGGCCUUGUGUUUUUGGUAAAUCAGAAUAAAGGAGAUAUUGACUACCUUUGCCGAGGUCCUGUGCAAGGUUCCAAGGUUCUUUUGCAUAGUCCUUCAGAAUUUCCAAGGAUAUCCCAUCAGUAUUUUCGAACUGCUUUCAAUCAAGAAGCAGUAGUAGCAGUCAAACCACAAAUGUUGACAACAUCUGAAACCUUACGGUCUUAUCCUCCUGAAAGACGACAGUGUUAUUUCUCGCAGGAGCGAUACCUACAUUACUUCAAAGUCUAUACUCAAUCAAACUGCGAAUUCGAGUGUUUGACAAACCAUACAUAUGCGAAAUGUGGAUGUGUGCAUAUCGGGAUGCCGCGUGGUCCUGGAAUGAAAGUUUGUAAUACUGGGAAAGUUGAAUGUAUGAACGGAGCACGCAAUGAUUUCAUGGAACAAGAAUUGGAUGCAAUUUUGAAACAAGGAAAGCAUUGCAAUUGUCUACCGUCCUGCACAUCCAUUGAGUAUGAAACUGAGAUCUCUCAAGCUAACUAUGAUUUUAAGGCUCUUUGCAAAGCCUAUAGAAUAGGCGACGUGGAUGGAAUUAACGAAAACUUUCUCAUGUCCCGGGUGAAGGUAUUCUUCAAAUCGUCGCAAUUCAUAGCAUCUCAGCGGCGGGAGAUGUAUGGAGUUAUAGAUUUCUUGGCCGACUGCGGAGGAAUUUUCGGUCUAUUUUUGGGCGUGUCUUUACUAAGUCUGGUCAAAAUCGUCUACAUAGUCUCUGGACGAAUUUCCAAUAGCUUGUCGGGAAGAAAUAAAAGUAAUGAGUCUGAUGAAUUUUACGAAACAGUAGCAAACACUAGUAGUGUCUUAAAUUAAAAUAUAAAAUUAAAAGUUAAUUUUCUUUGUUUUAUGACAAGUGUAUUAUUACUUACAAAUCACAGGCAUUGCCUAAUUACAAGAAACAAUAAAAGAUUUGUCCCGUAUUUAUUUAUUUUUACUACAAUAAUAAUUAAACAACUUUUAUUAAGAUAUCACAAGCAGGUAAAAAGAAAAGCAACUAACCAUGUAAAGUGCAAGUAAGUAAGUAUAGUUAUCACACUUUGUGAAAUAGAAAAAUAACUAACAUAGUUUGGUGUAAAUGCUUACUAGAAGAUCUGACACAUUAAUUUGUUUGUUUGGAGUCUUCGAUUUCAGGAAUCUGUUUAUCUUCUGUUUCUGUCUUCUUAAUGCUGCGUUUCUUUUGAUACGCCACGCAACAUAGUCUAUACACGAAAAAAAUACUAAUUAUAAUCACUUCCUAUCAUAAUCACUAAUAAUAAGCCAUCGCGCGUGAAUACGGAAUGAUGCUUUAUAGCAUGAUUCAGAAUUCACG